AUGCCACUCUGCGCAGUUGUAAGCAAUCGUCUACUGUGUAUGCAUGGAGGAAUCUCUCCAGAAAUCCAAAAUUGGGAUUCGCUAGUUACCUUGCAGGUGUCGCUAAAGUUCUCGAAUCACUCGUAUCCUUUCUUUUUUUCUUAA